GUGUGUGUGCGUGUGUGUGUGUGUCGGUCCAGGACCAGCUUACCUGCACCGAUGUUUUCGAGGAACGACUUCAGCAUCUGGAGCAUCCUGAGGAACUGCAUCGGGAUGGAACUCUCCAAGAUCACCAUGCCGGUGAUUUUCAACGAGCCGCUGAGCUUCCUGCAGCGGCUGACGGAGUACAUGGAGCACACGUACCUCCUCCAGCGGGCCAACGCCUGCCCCGACUCCACCCAGAGGAUGAAGUGUGUUGCUGCGUUCGCGGUCUCCGCUGUGGCGUCCCAGUGGGAGCGGACUGGGAAGCCCUUCAACCCUCUGCUGGGAGAAACCUACGAGCUGGUCAGAGAGGACCUGGGCUUCAGGCUCCUCUCGGAGCAGGUGAGCCACCACCCUCCGGUCAGCGCCUUCCACGCUGAGGGCCUUCAGCAGGACUUUGUGUUUCACGGUUCCAUCUACCCCAAACUCAAGUUCUGGGGCAAGAGCGUGGAGGCGGAGCCUAAAGGCCUCAUCACGCUGGAGCUGCCCAAGCACAACGAAGCGUACACGUGGACCAACCCGACGUGCUGCGUGCACAACAUCAUCGUGGGGCAGCUGUGGAUCGAGCAGUACGGCACCAUGGAGCUGCUCAACCACAGAACCGGAGAGAAGUGCUGCCUGAAUUUCAAACCAUGCGGCCUGUUUGGCAAAGAGCUGCACAAGGUCGAAGGUCACAUUCUGGACAAAAGCAGGAAGAAGCUGUGCGCUCUCUACGGGAAGUGGACGGAGUGCCUCUACGCGGUCGAGCCCGCCGCCUUCGAGGCGCACAAGAAGAGCGACAAGAAGGCGACCGCGCAGAAGAAAGGCGGGAAAGCAGGCAGCAGUGGCGCUCUUGAGGAGGUUCCCUCCCCGGCUGCAGACACCGUGGAGAUGAUUCCUGGCAGUCAGCUGCUGUGGAGAAUCGCUCCCAGACCGGCCAACUCCACCCAGAUGUACAGCUUCACCUCCUUUGCGAUGCAACUCAACGAGCUGCACACAGAGAUGGAGGCCUCGCUCCCCCGGACCGACUGCAGGCUGAGGCCGGACAUCCGGGCCAUGGAGAACGGAGACAUCGACGUCGCCAGCGAGGAGAAGAAGAGACUCGAGGAAAAGCAGAGAGCGACUCGCAAGGACCGCUCCAAGUGUGACGAGGAGUGGAAGACGAGGAGUCCCGCCCUGGGCCCAAGGUGGUUUCAGCAGGGUCCGAACCCCCACACAGACUCCCAGGACUGGCUCUUCUGCAGCGCGUACUGGGACAGGAAGUACAGCCAGCUGCCCGACAUCUACUAGUGACGCCGUCGCUCUUCCUAACGGACCCCCGUGGCCUUAAUCUCCUGUGUAAAAUGUUCAGCAAAGCUUUGAAAGAAGAUGGUUCCUUCUUUUAAAUGUUAAUGCACGCUGACUUUAAACAUAUUCAUUGUAUAUAAAGUUAAUGUCGCUCAGUUCGAGGUCCACGUGUGUGUUGUUGAUUCAUCCAACUUGUAACCGAGUGCUGUUGCUGCUGUUUCAUAAAGCACACAUCUGAUAUGUGCAGAGGGUUAUUAUUGUGUUUGGGUUUAUCAUGCAACCUGCCAGGGGUCAAAGGUCACGUACAUUUCUAUGGCGUUUUGCCUCCCUGCAGAGCAUCGACGGUAUUUUAGUGGAAACUGAAAUAAAACUUUUUUAGCUUUUGUAUGUUGGGGAUCCUGAGGUUAAAGUGUGAUCUCUGCAUCAACGGCCCGAGUCUGACCUCUCAGGAGAGAACCUCAUCAGGACCUCAUCAGGACCUCAGAGGACGGCGCUGGAGAAGCCGGCAGCGAAGAUAAUUACGGGAUACUUAGUUAAGGACCAGCGGACUUCUCAUUAAAUGAGACAUGAGACAACAAAGCUGUGAAAAGUCCUUUAAAAGAACAAAGUCAUCACAAGCGUUUUGCCAACAUGACCCAUGAAUCCAUUGCAAAAUGUUGAUAACGGAAUUCAGGAUUUCUGAUCUAAAUGUGACUCAAACGUCUUUAAAUUAAAAACUAGAGAAUCGGGUGCUGACGUCUCGUAUAAGAUCCAGGAUCUGAGGUCAAACUGUUACUGAAGGCGGACGGAAACAAGCUACAGGGACGUUAGUGAGGAAAGAAAGUAAAGGAAUGAUGCAAAGGUGCCGUGUGUUUAAUCCCAUUAGAAUUUGAUGCAUUUAUUGAAGAAUAGACCCUCAUGAUCCGUCAUCAUUUUCUAUCUCCAGUAAUAAAGUGUCUGCAUGUAA